AUGCCGCCGCCGGAGCGCGACGGUCCCGUGGAUGUGACGUUGGUAUUGGAGGGUGGGCGCGUGGGCGCCGAGCUCGGGAGCAUGGCGCUGCUCGAGCUCGGUUCCGCGCUCGCGGCGGUCACCGAGAUUCGCGGCGGGACGGGCGCCCCCGCGCCUCGGUGGAUCGGCGACGCGGUCCCUUCGACGUCCGGCGGCGCCCCGGAGACGGUCUUGACCGCCGGUGUGACGUUCCCAUCCCUCGCCGCCGCGCGCGCGGCGGUUCGGCGGUGCGCUCUCACCCGCAUGGCGCUCGCGCCCGUCGCGAGCGGCGACCCCUCCGCGGUCGCAUCCGCCAUGGGACCCGAACGCGCCGCGAAGUGCGCGGCGCAGGUGCUCGCUCCGGGGCGUAAGGGCGUGCCCAGGGUAGUUCUCGAGCGCGUGGGCGCCGAGCUAUGGGACGCGGGCGUCGGAAGGGCCGUCGCCGCGGACCGCGCGUGGCUCAUCGCCGUCGCCACGUCCGAGGGAAAACCCGGCCACGAGGAAAAACAACGCGUGCUCGAUCCAUCCCGGCCGCACGUGUACCUCCAUCCCGAGGGCGCGAUGUGCGAGGUCAUCGCGUGGGGGCUGGACACUCGCGCCGCCCUCAAAACCGUGGAGGCUCCCAACGCCAUGCCCCCGCAGCAGGCGUUCCUCGCGUUGAACGCCGCGAGGGUCCGUCCGGGCGACGUCGUGUGCGACCCCUGCGUCGGCGGUGGAGCCGUCUUGCUCGCCGCGCUCAAGCUCGGCGUACGCCGCGUCGUCGGCGCGGACGUCGACGACGACGCGUUGGCCGCCGCAGCGGGCGCGAUGCGACGCGACGGGAUCGACGUGAACGACGACGACGACGAAGACGCUCGGUGCGCGCUGGGCCGCGCGAGUUUACUGGAUACGCCGUGGCGGGGACCCGUCGCGGUUGGAGGAGAAGGGGAGUGUUUUGACGCGAUCGUGACCGACUUGCCGUACGGGGUUCGUUCCGCCGCCGUGGGCGUCGGUGACGGCCCGAACGCGGUGUGCACACCCCGGGCCAUGUUACUCGCGCUGCUCGACCUGGCGAACGCGCGGCUGAGGCGGGGGGGGAGGAUAGCGGCGUGGUUGCGCAAGCCCGGGGAUGGCGACGGGGAAAACACAGCUGGCGCGGCGGCGUUGACCGAGGCGGACGUCGCGGCGGCGGCGUUGACGCGCGGGUUCUGGGUCGAACGCGCGGCGGGGGAGGCGCGGAAAACGGGGGUGAGCCGCGCGUUGUACGUGAUGGUGAGGGUGGAAGAGGCGGGAUGCCAGCUGUGCCAGGGGAUGCCACGUGACGAAGAAGACGGAGUAAUUUUACCGGCGAGCGAAACCUUCGGAAGUUUGGCGCACGAACUCAACCGUCGCGCGUUGGUGAUGCACGCGACGCUGCGGCGCAACGAGAACUACGGGCGCGUCGAGAGCGACGGCGGGCAGGACGUGUGGCGUGCCGCGUGGGUCGGCGACCUCCCCGGGCUGCGAUCGCGACUCGACUCGCAUCCGCUCGUCGCCGCCGCGACGGAACCCGCGGGGGCGGGGAACACGCCGCUGUCGGCCGCCGCGGGGCACGGGCGCGUCUCUUGCGUCGCCGAGCUCGUACACCGACUGGACCGUUUGAACUCGGAUGGGUUUGAAGGCGAACGCGACGCCGUCGCCGCCGCCCUGGUCCGCGCCUCGGAGUUUGGUCACGCGAGCGCGGCGGCGUACUUGUUGCGCGAAUGCGGCGCCGAUCCGGGGAUGAUCCGGCGCGGGGGCGGCGGCGACGGGGGGAACGCGUUUCACGCGGCGGCCGAGAGGGGCCACGCCGACGUUUUGGAGGCGCUUCUGGAACACAUACGAAGAGUUCCAGAAAGUCCAGAAAGUCACGCGGCGCUUGUCGCGCGGGACGCCAACGGGCGGACCCCGGCGGAGGCGGCGGCGAGGUGGGGCCACGCCGACGCCCUCCGCGUUUUCCUUCAAACGGUUCAUUCCGGUUCAAACGGAGACGCAGUUCAAACGGAGGAGUCGACGCGCACGAACUUUGCGAACCUCUGCGCCAUCGCCGUCAGGUGGGGGCACGAGGACGCCCUUCGCGCCAUCGUCGAGUGCGGCGGAUGGGACGCGACGAGAGCGGCGCUCGGCGACGUCGUGGCCGCGGAGGCGGCGCGGUGGAGCAGGGGUAAGAUCGCCGCCAUCCUCCAGUCGUGGUCGACGAUGAAAGAUACCUUAAAAGGUACGAAUGAUACCACCCUAAACCCACCUCGCGUGGAAGGCGCGCGCGUCGUGAGGUGGGAGCCGCGCACCGGAGGCGCCGUGCUGUACUGCCCAAAGUUUUGGGACCCCGACGACGGCGUUCGAUCGCUUCGUACGCAGGUGGAGGGUGACUUUUUACCCCGCACGCAUCCGCUGGUCACGCCCGCAAACAGGCGGGGACGACGAUCGCCGGUGCCGAGGGACCAGGCGUUUUACGCUGCGAGCUACGCGGCAAAGGCGCCCGAUGCGCUCGAUAAAACGCUCGAUAAAACCCUCGACGAAACGCUCGAGGGCGAGGGCGUCUGGUGGUGCUCGUACAGGUACAACCCUUCGCACACGCAGCAGCCCGCGCCGCGCGCGCCGCCGCCCGUCGUCAAAGAGCUCUCCCGGGAGGUUCACCGGCGGUGCGGACAGGUGUGCAACCACGCCGUCGUCAACCGGUACCGCGACGGUUUCGACGCCAUCGGGGCGCACGGCGACAAGGCGACGGACCUCGAAGAUGGAUCCUUCGUCGUGAGCGUCAGCUUCGGCGCGACGCGGCGGAUGGUGUUCGAGCCGCGGGUGGAGGCGCCCGCGGUGGACGGGUCCGAACGCGUCGUCCGAGCUAAAGACGUCAAGGACGCACAGCUGGCGCUCGCCGCCGCGUUACACGCGGACGAAGAGUGGAGGGAAAUUGCCGAGUUGAAAAAAACCGCGGCGGCGAGGAGCGAGGCGAAGGCGGCGGCGGUGGCGCGCGAGCGCGCGCGCGGCGCGGCGCUUCGCGACUCCGACCCGAGGGUCGCCGCCGCGGCGAACAGGGCGAGGGAGACGCGCGAGGCGUGGCGAGCCGCCAAGGGAGCCGCGUCGUUUGCGGUGGACCUCGAGCCGGGUUCGGCGGUUUUUUUUAACAUGGAGUUCAACGCCGCUUGGACGCACGCGAUAUAUCCCGUGGGGGGCUACGCACGCGAGGCGGAGGAGGAGGAGGAGGAGGAGGAGGAUGGUGAAGAGGGAAAAGUAGAGGGGGAUGGGGAGGAUGAGGAAAGCGACGAAGACGUCGAUGAGUUACGGACAGAGCCGGCGGGGGCGGCCGUCGGGGAGAGAUUUGGCGUGACGCUGCGAAGGUGCAAGACAGUCUUCGACCCCGUCCGGCAGGCUCGCGCCGAGGGGAAGCCGCGGGGUUGGCGCAGGGGGAUAUGGAGGCCACUCGGCGACAUGGUUGACCCGGCAGAGGCGGAGCGAGAGUGGAGGGAGGGUGAUUAA